AUGGAGGACUUGGAUGUAGAACUCUUUAAGCUGUUGGUUACCGUUGGGUUUGUUUUCUUGACUUGGGUAGGUCAUUUUUUAGAUCAUGUGUCAGCAAUGAAAUCUGCAGAUUUAACUUCUGGACCAGUCUGUCUUAGGCCACUUAUAUUUUCACUUUCAAACUGUGGUUUGAAAAUAACUUAAUAUAUCGUUUAAGAAUGAAAGUCCUCUCUCCUCUCCAAUGCUGUCUGGUUCUGUAAACAGACGAAUAUAUAGAUUGCAAAGGACUGAAAUGAUUAAAAGGGUAAACGGAUUCAAACACCAUCAUCCAUAUUUCACGCAUAUACCCGAUGCAUUACUGUGCGUGCGCGUAAAUUUAACGUUGGACAAAUAUCUGUGGAAAAUCAGAACUGGGCCGCCGCGGGCCGUAGUUUAUUUAGCAAAACCAAACGUUGUGCCAGUAAAGGUUGGAUUUAACAUAAACCCACAAUACACAUGAACACAAACUAGGCCAAAGCCGUUAUAUGUAUUCUACCAAGUAUGAAUUUUACCCAUACUGAUUUGUCACAUGUACCAAAAAAACCAUGUAAAUUGACUAGACUGGCCACCACAUGAAUCUAAACUGAUAAUAUAAUGCCCUAGUUAUAAGGAAAGGCAUGUAAGCUACAGCUUACGGCUAAGAAGCCUGGUUCUAACAUCAAAACAUGCAUCUUUUCUGUACAUGCAGACGAAGGCCCUAUGGGAAGAUCUGCAAAACGCCAGCGCAGCGUUCUAUCCAGAUGGACUGGACAAGUGUCCUCCAGAAACCUACACAAUUGAUGACAAUAAAAAUAGAGUCAGAUGUAUUGAAUGCCCCACAUGUCCUGCGGGAGAGGAGCCCUCGCCACCAUGUGGCUCUACAAUGGUUCGCAAGGCAGUUGGCGACUGUGUACCAUGCAAAGCAGGUACCUACUCAGAUAAAGCCGACAGCGCAACGUGCAAAGUCUGCACAGACUGUGGCUCAAAAGAGGUCCUGAGUUCGUGUACUAUAGAAACCAACGCAAGGUGCCGGGAGUGCCCCUAUAUGCACUAUGACGAUGAAACUACCAACACUUGUAAACCUUGCUCUUUAUGCUGCGAGGAAAAUUCUGUUGCACAAAAGAAUUGUCUAACCUCAAGGAUAUGUCCUGGAAAUUGUUCCCAGGUGACACCAAUUCAAGAAAAAUAUCACAGUUUUAAGUUACAAAAGUUAGUUGCUAGAACAAUGAGAACCCCUUGGAAUAAAACGUCGGUGUUAAAACUAACCAGGCGACAAAGAGUCAAACAAAAGGUAAAUAAAAAAAUUGAGAGCACAGUUAAAACUAACAUUGAAGAACCUACGCAUUCAGAGAGAAGUGAACGGGACAUUCAUCAAGAGAAUUACGAUGACACUUAUACACCCAGCGAAACAAAGUAUGUUAGGUCUAAUUCAGCUUUAGAUAGGGAUAUCGACGGGAAAGACCUCCAGGUUUUACAAUCAAUGCUAAGUCCCACAAACGUUCUUGAAGGCGGUAAAGAAAACAUUGACACCCCAAGUCCAGAAAUUCUCGAACCUCGAGGGGUUGUGAAGAGAGAGAAAGAGCAGCUAGUUGUGACAACGUUUAAACCUCGUGUGCCUCCCCCUGAAGCACCUAACAGUGACGUAGGGGAGUCUGUGCCACUCACGCCGGAACAUCAAAGAGGGAUUAAAACCUUUAACAACGAUACUGCGGUGAAAAAUAAACGUCGUAUCCCUGCAAUUGUCCCACCAAGUGUGACUCCGUCAACAGCACAAAAUGCUUGGGCGAUUCCUCCACCCACGCCCAAUAACAUACCUCCGACGUCAAAAGCAGUGAUAGAGCAGUCUAUAGUUCCAAGUGCUGCCUCUUUUCUGAGCAGUUUUUCGGGAACAAUUGCUGGCUUAGUAGUAUUUGGUUUAAUAGCUCUUAUUAUGUACCUUGUUGGUAAAGGAUGUGUUCGUCGCCAACAAAAAGGUUACAGAAAGUUGAGUGAAAAAGAAGAACCUCAAGAACCACAAAUUCGAGGUAUUUCUUCCAUUUUCUUGAUACAAACUGUCAAUUGCGCCUGGGCAUUAACAAUUAUCGUAAAAUUUCUAUUAACCUCUCGUUACCCAGUUAUCGUUUUCAUUAUAUGAAAGAAAUUUACUAUUAUUUAAUGAUUCACAUUUCAAUUUUUUUCAAUUGUCAGUGUUAAUUCAAAGUUUUCAUUCUUUUAAUUUUCAUCCACCUCAUUAAUUUUUUACUUCGCCUUCCACUUCAUUCACUUCAGCGAAAACAAUGUUACGCGAGGUUCGCUUUUUAAACUCGAUUUAAAUUUGAGAAAGGUUCGGAUACAUUCAAAUCCACUCAGACAUCCAGCGGCACGUGGUUCAUUGUCAUUGGAGUCCUCUUGCAAAUUUUUGGAAAACGAAGGAGAAUAAUCGGCAGAUUUAACUCUAGUAUAUCAGAGGAAGCCUAAGCAAUUACUGACAUGCUCCUUUAAUUUAUCAAAAUAGACUAUCAAUCUGAUGAGGAGGUCACUAUACAGCCGAUGGAUCAAAAUGCGGCUAUCCAGAUUGGGGAUGGUGAGAAUCAAAACAUUAUGCAAUUCUAAAUGCUAGUAAAGCUUUCUAGUCUCAUUUUGUUAUUUUACCAAAUAAAAAUUUUGUUACUUCCUCAUUCGUUUGUCGUGGCCACUUGGCGGCUUACUUUCGACAAGAUAAGUCAGGGUUUGGAUAAUAACAGCCAGUGAAGAUAAAUCAGUGAAAUUAACCGUUUCAUAUAACUAAAUAUGUUAAUUUCCCGCAUUCGGGAUUUAGCUCUACCUGGCCAUGAUCGAAAUAUGUUUGUUUGCAGACCUCAAUUUAUGUGAAAUUCCUCCAGACCUGGAAGAUAUUUUGGUAAAGAGGUUGGACGUACCACACAGCAGAUCUGGCAACAAUGAGUAUGGCUGGGUAAAAGUGGGAAACGCGGCAGGAAUCUCAGGACAUGACCUUAAGUUCCUCAAGACUGAGUAUCUGAGGCCAAACGGAAGUCCAACAAAGCGACUUCUUGAAAAGUUAGGAAGCCAAGGGAAGACAAUUUCAUAUCUAAUAGAUGUGCUCCAAGCACCUGAACUACAACUUGAUAAUGUGGCUGCAUCAAUAAGGCGUCGUGUAACAAGAGUAUGAAAUUCUCUGAGCUCCUCAGCCUUAUUGAGGACUGGGGACCCCGCUUGAAUUGAGUUAUUGGGUUUAAAGACAGGGGCAUUGUUUUGAGUAUCGAUUGCUUAGUCAAUGAUUAUGAUUAAAUUUUUUUAAUAGACAAAUCUUAUCCUUUUUUUAAGUCUCAAAACUCAAUUGUUAAAACAUGGCUGGUAUUAUAUAUACUAAUAUACGCAUCGUUACCUUUGUUUGAUUUGUGUUUGUAAAUCAUUGAAGUUGUCUAUAAUCUAACUAUAACACGUGAGGCAUAAAUGGAAUAUUUCUUAUCGAAAAGGGCUUUUAUGGCGUUUUUCGAAUUCGAAAUAGGGCUCAAAGAUGGUGAAUUUUAAUAAUACCCCCUACAGGGGUUGAACCUUCGUUAGACAUCGAAGCAUGUAUUACUAAAUCCUACAAGGUUUGAGUUUUUUGUUCCUUUGCCUUUGCUGGGCUAAUAUUGAUUUUAUAUUGAUUUUCUUAACACAAUGAAGUUUUGAAUUUUAAUAAAGGCGGCCUCUGACCUUGUCGCUAGCCAUUUUACUUCAUACGCUGUUUUUUUUUUCUCUUUAUAAAUGAGCCGAGUAAACGAGCUUACUAGGUAAUGAUCCCGUUAUGUACAUAACUGACAUGUUGACGGGGCAGCUGGAGGGUGAGGGAAGGAAGGCAUAAAAAGCUUUACUCUUACAUAGAGAUUUAAAUCUUGUCUCCACUUCACAACAAAUAAACACGCGGCGCAAAUAGACAUGAAGGGGCCAACAAACCCGAAUUACGUAGUUAAAAACUAAAGGUGACAACAAAGCUACUUGAAUUAAAUUCUACUGCAUAAAUGACGCAUACGCAGGAGGGUCACGACACAAAUAAGAACGUACAUAAAAAGACAAAAAAAAUUAUAUACUGCCUAAACAAGGAACGCUUCUCUGCCACAGAUUUAUCCUUCAUGUUUAUUAAAUGGCGUUUCUAUGGCAAUCCGUAUCUCAGUGGCAAUUCAGUUUUUUAAAAAUUUUGUUUACUCUCAAUUACAGAGUGUUUGUGGGGGGAUGUUCAAGAGAUCUUAGGCCAGGAUACUUGAAGAAAUCUUAUUAUAAUACGCCUUAAAGACACCACAAUCUUAGUGUCGGCAAUACUUGAAAUGACGUUAAUGAGGAAUCACACAGCUCCCAUCAUUUCCACCCUCCAAGCACGAGCCCGAACUUUUUAAUAUAAUAAGACACAACCCUUGAGCUCUUGAAUCGAUCUUAAGAAAAAGAUCCUGGCGUCAUCAUAACUAGUACGCUCUCUUAAAACUCACAAAUCCACACUAUCACUGCGAAAGCAAACAAGCUUCUUGGUUUGCUUAAACGGACUUGUCCCCUGCUAACUGGCGUCUCUGCUAGGCGCUCACUUUAUUUGUCUUUGGUCAAGUCACAGCUGUGUUACGCCACCCAAGUCUGGUCGCCCGCUUACGUUACUCUGAAUGCUAAGGUGGAACAGGUGCAGAGACGUGCAAGCAGGUGGAUUUUACGCACGCGCAGAGACGAGUCGUCGUACAAAGAGCGGCUGACUUUGCUAGACUUACUUCCACUUUCUCUACAUCGUGAACUUAAGGCUUUUUUUAUAAAUGCCUUUACUGUAGUACCGAUUUAGAUGUGCGGAAUUAUGUAUCUUUUGUUUCCCAUGAUCGUACAAGACUAGGUAACUCCUUUAAUCUUCGCACCCCCUUUCGCAAAACAUCAACUUUUCAGGCCUCAUACUUUAACCGUAUCGUCAAACUAUGGAACUAUGUUUGUAAGCUAGCGUCCCCAACCAGUUUUUCCUCGCUAAUUAAUAAUCAAUUACCCCUGCACGUGGACACUUGUCCCUAAGUGCCCAUGCCACUCGUAAUUUAUUUUAUUUUUUGUACGAAUGAGUAUUCAUUUUAUUUUAUUUUAACCUUGGUCUUAAUCUAGGAGCGGUGCCUCGCAUGGGACGUUAGUCUCGUUGCACCUACCUUGCUUCUUGUUGCUUCUUUUUUAUUUUCUUUCGUGUUGUAUUAUAAAUUUAUGUUGCAUAUUACAAGAGGAGUACCCGAAUAAAGCUGUGGAAAAAAAAAUAUAUAUAUAUAUAUUCUACGUAUUUUCGAAUUCCCCUACACCAAAACUGAUCGCUUUCCCCUGGCCAGCGCUCACUUUGACAUGGAAGGAAACUUCUAGUAUAUAGCUACUAGUAUUGAAGAAAAGUUCGCCUUAAAUGACUUCCGUGGGGAUUCCCCGCUUAUCAGCCUGGCCGUGUUGGGAACUGGAAACUACUGACAGAUAAUUCACGUGACCAAAAUAUUUACAAUCGACCGGUUCCUCAACUUGAGUAUUACUGAAACAUUCACCUCGAAAAACCAAAAUGGGAAGGCAUUUCAAGGUAAUAUAGUGUUAACUGCAACCUUCGUGAGUGAGAUAAUUCUUAGCGAGGUGUUAAGGACCAAACAGUUCAAACAAAAACUUUGCAAACAAGGCGUCAGUCGAAAUAGUAGUCACUAUAUACAACAUAAUUUUGCGACAGACGAGAAUCCAAGAAUGGAAACAUGAUAUUUUCGUACGCAUAAUAUAGGGCUAAAUAACACGGAUAGAUCGCAUUUAUUGAGUUAAUGCAAUGUUUGCUGAUAGUGAUUAGUGGAUCAAUGAGAGUUUUCGCUAAUUGCUUUAGUAUAAAUAUUAGUAUCUCCGUAGGAAAAAAUUACAGCUACUCAAAUUACCAUACAUGCCGGAAACAUAUGUUAUCCAGAGAGAUGAGCUUUGUACCCUCGUACCUCAAAUACGCUAGCCGCCGGCUACCCUCAAUCGAAGCACCACAAGCGUCAAAGAUAGCGACGGAGAAAAGUUACCAUUUCCGUAUAACAAAAAUAACAUUACAAAAUAUUUUGAAUAAUAAUCAUAUUGAAUAUGAGUUUUGUUGUCUGAAAAUACUGUAGCGUCAUAUUGCACAAUUUAGAUUACUUAAUGAGCAUGCAAUAUUUCUAAUUGUUUUGACAUGUACCACUGCAUAAUUUUUCUUUAUUAGAGACUAACAAGGGAAUUUGCUUCCACAAAAAAUGCUUAGCUUAAGUCAAGCAAAAUGUUUUGCUUGAAGACUUUCAAUUGAUCAAUAUCGUGUCUCACGAGAUGGUCACACAAGACAAGCCUUACUUAGGAAACCAUAUGUAGUAAAAUUAUAUAACUAAAGUUGCGUAAUAUUUUCUUUGACUUUAAUGGCUUCUCUAUUAUAAGUAUCUGGAGACACCUUUACUAUGUGCGAAUGUUAUGUCCCUGCACUUGUAUAAAAUGCUAACUUUAAAUGCUUUUGACUUCUUUAGGCAAAGCCUGCUGACGUAAAUCGACCAUUUCAUCAAUUUGAGACACCAAGAAUUAGCUUAUCUAGAUUCCUGUCAACGAUUCAAACGUUUGUUAUAGUGGUGGCCUUCAUUGGAUUUGUAAGUAUUUUUGUCCUAGUUCGUAUAAAAUAUGACAGUUUACAAGAGUUUAUAUAGUACCGAUACACUUUUGUUGCAUAUCUACUUCGGCCGUAAAAAUGCAACGAUUAGUUUAAGGUUUUUAAGAAUUUUAACCACGAGUAUAAUAGUAUUGUAAUUCUUGAAUUUAUAUUUUAUAAACCAGAGUCAUCAAGCGAAGAUUCCUUCCUAGGAGAAGUACUUCGGCUAAAUAAAGAAAAUUCUAACGCACAAAUACUUCUAGUCUUUUCUACUGUAGAUAUUUUUAACCUUUAUUAAUUCCUUAAAAUAAAAGCUUAAAAUAAACUUUAACUAAGACAUUCUGUCACAUCGGUUUUUAAAUUCCUCCAUGAAAAGCUUUAACACAACAGAUCAUGAUAUCCUGAAAACGUUUACUCACAGAAAAUACUGAAAAUGCACACUUAAGGAGCAGAAUCAUUAAAGGACAAUUGAGACUUUAUUAUCCCUUUAAUUUAUAAUGGAUCAUUUUUAAUUAGAAACAUACAUCAGAUUUCUUGCCACCAGAGCAAUUGCCAAAAACAACUAAUUGGACAAAUAUAUCUAUGUGCAUAGAUUUUAAAUUGCAACCCAAAUAAGAAAACAUACACACCAAAAGAAAAAAAAACAAAAUUUAAAUAGGACGUAUUGCGUAAUGUAAAACUAGUAAAAUCAACCGUUGAAUUUCUUAUAUUUUCUAUGUGUAUAGCUAUGGUGCCUGUGGAAACUGCCUCAAGAAAACGAUGAAUUUCCUGAUGGUUUCAUUCAAUGUCCACCAUCAUCAUAUAGGCUUCUGAAUAAGAGAAAUAUCACCGACAAGUGCAAAAUUUGUCCAGAAUGUCCUGUCGGACAAGAGCUUACACCACCCUGUGGGAGUGCUAUAUUCCCAGAAACUCCUAUUUUCUGCACAGCCUGCAUUUCUUCCGAAACAGUUUCGGAAGAAGUUGGCCAUAGUGCAUGCAAGCAAUGUCAGAGUUGUAGUCCAAGAAAUACCAUCAAGCCCUGCACACCGGAGCGAGACACCCAAUGUGGAGACUGCCCUCGGGGGUUCUACCAGGCUAACUGGUCCGUCGAUUCCUGCAAGAAAUGUUCCAGCUGUUGUGGGGGAAGACGAUCUGCCCAGUUAGAAUGCUAUUAUUUAAAGCAGUGUAGAAUAACAAGUUGCCUCCAACACAUCCAAAAUAAACCAACCCCUGGUCAAAACUUGGUAAACAUCAUGUACACACUGACCACUUCAGCUGGUAGAAAAAGGCACAUAAGAAUGGCACAUCAAGAUAUCUACUCUACACCCUCAGAGGACACAAUGUCCCUUACAGGAAAAUCAGGAGUACAACAAAAGGACAAUGGAACACUUCUGAAAGAAGAUAUUUCCAUCAAUAAACCUGCGAAGGAAGCAUUAGGUGUCAGAUUCCAGACUGACAACUCAAAACCCAUCAUUGCAGAAACAUUUCACGGUCAUGGUCCUUACCAAUCCAAUUCGAGCUUACCUGUUACUAAACCCAGAGAUGAAAAUGUAGGCACUGCCUCUGAGCAAAAGAAUACACAGCCAACAAAGCCACUAAAUUCAAGCUAUUUCACGGAUAUUAAGAAAUUGCUGAUUAUUUUGAUUGCCAUUGGAGUCAUAGUAGCUCUUGUUCUACUUUUCAUCGCAGUGAUUGUCACGUGUAUUUGUUGGAGAACACAACCUGGACAGCUCCAAAGAAGUGGUUGUAAAAUUUCAUUUUGUCUCAACUGUUUCAAAAGUGAAGGAUACUCACCAAAAAUAAACUACUCAAAACUUCCAUCAGGUAAGAAUUAUAAUUAAAAUCAUUUCACUAAAAAGGAGAAAUAUAUUUCCCUACCCAUGAGAAUAACUAAGAGACAAACAGGAGGGAAAGUUGAAAAGAAAAUAAAAAAUAUGUGUUUACAUGGUUUAACCUCUAACUUGCAAAUUUCACCAGUCAUUUCUUAGAGCAAUUAAAAAUCGCUCUAGUCACUCCAAUAUUUAAAACAACAACAAGAAACACUUUUAAAAUUAUAAGUCAAUUUCAGAAUUAGGUAAGGAUACUACAAUACUUAUUAUAAGUAACAUUAUCUUGACCAGUACAUUCAGCCCACUAGACUAACUUGUAUUUGAUUUUAAAAAAAAGACUGUAACGAUUUCGAUGUAUAACGUUUUCAAAACGAAGAUAUGAAUCAACAGUCAGAUUUUUCAAACCUUCGAAUUGUAAUUUGAUUAUUAUUAUUACUGAAUCAUACUUUACAUCUCUUUUACAUGUUUUCAUACAUCAAUGAAACCUUACCUACAACCUUCUAAUGAUUUAUAUACAAGGAAUAGAUACCUAAUCAGCUCACAAAUUAUAGUUUAUUCUCUGUAAAAUAAAGAAGGUCUAAUUUACGGAAAAUUCUAGAUCAUAACAUUUAGUCAAAUGCACCAUUGAUUGUUGUUUAACUGUUGUAGGUAUCAGUUAAAAUAAUUUGUUGGGGGAUCUUUCUUGAAAUCUGAAAUCUGCUGCACCUGCAAAGUUUAUAGUAUUGUGUUUAAAAAAUGAUGGGCGAAGUAAAGUCUUUAAGAGAACUAUAAUUAAUAAUCAUAUUUACUUUAAAUUCCAAAAAUUACUGAUUAAAAUAAUUUUUAACCUAAACUGAAAGGCCAGUUUCUGGUAACAUAAAUAGUUUAUUUCAAUCAUCACAUUUAGUACAUUGUAAACAACGACUGUAACAAUUUUUCCCUGACAAAAGAAAAUAUCCUAGAUUAUUCUCUCUGAGAUUGCUCUUUCUUGUUUCUGAAAGAUAACACUGACAAACUUUAAGUUACAAACUCGUUUGAUUCAUAUUAUCUUUUUUAAAAAAUGGAAUCCUAGUAAAUAUCUCAAAAACUGCUUAUUUAAAUGUCAUGGCUAAAUAAUUAAAUGGAUUAAGGAAUAUCAAUGUUAUUAAUAACUUAAGUAAAUUAAUUAGAAAAAUAAUGAGAACCAAAUUUAUAGCACAGUUUUAGCAAUCUACUGGUAGGAAAAAAGCGUUGACAUUAAUUCUUUGGUCCAGAACUGAUAUAUUUGUUCAAAAGUUGUUAUAGGAGUUAACCCUGUCAUGCUGCUUUAAAGGAGACCAGGCAAUCAUGAACAGGUCACUCUUAAGUAAAACAUACCGGAUUAACUAUGGUUUAGGGUGGAGGAGGUUUACAUUAAGCAGCUAAAUUUUCAAUGUAAAGAACAACAGCCACGCAGCUUCUAUAGAAACACAAAGUUCAAAUGAUUUAACCCCUGUUCAUUGCUGAAAUGGGUUAACAAAAAAAAGAAUCUGCAGUGUUUUUUAGCUGUCCUCAUACAAUGUUCUUGUUUCUUUGAAAUCAGUCAGUGACUUUUAUCAAGUCGCUCCUGUCGGUGACGGUAUGGCUGAAGUAGAUUCAGAUACUGCUAGCCUCGAAGGUAAGAAAAGAGUUGUUGAUUUUUUUCUUUGGGGUGCAUCCCUAAGCAACCAUUCACAUCCCAAUCUGAAACGUCCACUUUAAAUUGUUACUUUAAAUUGUUACUAAUGAACAUGUUUUUGCUCGACGUGUGUAAUUCUCAAACUAGACAUCAUUAAUAUCAGUAUUAACAUCAAUAUGAUAACUUAGGUAGCACGCUGUACCUAUUAUGUUGUGUAUCUAGCAGUUUAUAGUAAUGGAACUUAGUUUGCAAGAGAAAUUAAUGUCCACGAUGCAUUGAUAUAAUCUUUGUUAAAUGAAAUAUGCAUUUUAUUUCAGAGUUCAAUCUGGGGGAUAUACCCUUGGACCUUGAGGGUAAAAUUGCUCUAAAACUUGAUUAUCGCCGCAAUGGAGAAAGAUUACCCGGCUGGGAAAAAGUUGGUAUAGAAUUUCAAAUUGACCAAGAUGUUCUUAAAAAUUUGGAAAACGAAUUCAGGAGUCUUGGAGGAAGUCCUACUAGAGAAUUGCUUAGGCUCCUUGGUACUCGAAGUAGAACUGUUGCUGAACUUGUAAAUGCUUUAAGAAGCCCAAAUGUAAACUAUAGUGAUGUUGCUUUAAUUAUACAGAAAUACUACAGAGAUCAAAGACAUUAA